AUGGUUAGCGCUGAAAUUGCAAGAACAAUUGCAGGGAUCAUUGGAAAUGUCAUCUCAUUCUUUCUAUUUGCAUCACCAAUACCAACAUUUGUGAACAUAUAUAAGAGAAAAGCAGUGGAGCAAUUCAAACCAGAUCCCUACAUAGCAACAGCAAUGAACUGCAUGCUGUGGAUAUUGUAUGGUUUACCAAUGGUUCAUCCAGGCAGCGCCCUUGUUGUCACCAUCAAUAGCAUUGGACUUACAAUGGAGCUCAUUUAUCUCACCAUUUUCUUCAUUUAUGCCACCAACAAAAGCCGAUUGAAGGUCAUUGGAUGGCUUGGAAUAGAGAUAUUAUUUUUGGGCAUUGUAGCGGCAUGCACAUUGAAAUUGCGCAAAACUCAUGCCCAAAGAUCGGCCCUUGUUGGCAUUCUUUGUGUCAUAUUUGGAGUUGUAAUGUAUAUUUCACCUCUUACCAUUAUGAGGAAGGUGAUCAAAACAAAGAGUGUCAAAUACAUGCCAUUUUAUCUCUCAUUGGCCAACUUUCUUAAUGGAGUUAUUUGGGUCACGUAUGCCCUCUUUCGCCUUGAUCUCUACAUCUUGAUUGCCAAUGGACUGGGGGCACUAUCUGGAGCAAUACAGUUGAUUCUCUAUGCUUGCUAUUUCAAGUCUACCCCGGAAGACGGUGAUGAAAACGGUGGCGUCAAGCCAUCCGAUGUCGAACUGUCCGGCAACAAUGGACCAUAUGGAUCAACUGUUUGA